GAACUUAACAUUUCAGAGCAAGUUCUUUGGUUCUUCCUCUUCCGGUAACGGUAAUAGCAGGUAUCAACAUGGUCCAGCGCUUGACUUACCGUCGUAGGUUGUCCUACAACACUGCCUCCAACAAAACUAGGCUGUCCCGGACUCCUGGUAACCGCAUUGUGUACCUGUACACCAAGAAGGUGGGCAAGGCCCCCAAGUCCGCAUGCGGAAUCUGCCCUGGUAGACUGCGCGGAAUCCGGGCGGUGAGACCCCAGGUCCUGAUGAGGCUCUCAAAAACCAAGAAGCACGUCAGCAGAGCCUACGGUGGAGCCAUGUGUGCCAAGUGUGUGCGCGACCGGAUCAAGCGAGCUUUCCUGAUUGAGGAACAGAAGAUCGUUGUCAAGGUUCUUAAGGCACAGGCACAGAGUCAGAAAUCUAAGUGAUUGUGCAUUUGUACUGCUACAAUAAAAUUCCUUGAAGUUCAGUGUCGUGACAUGUUUGUAUAACUGGCCAUAGUAUUUCUAAAUUUGAAGUUUAAUUUCAGUGUUUCUCAAAGUAAUUCGAAAGGAACUCGCACAUCUGAGCUCUUUUUUGCAGGUGCAUGGUAACUGUUGAUUAAGAGGGGAACGAGGAAACCUGCACACUGCUCUUGCUAGUAUCACUGCUCUUUAAUAAGCUCUACCUAUUGGCCCCUGUGUCAUUUGAGUUUUGAAUGAGUGUGGAGUUUGAAGACUGAGUAGGCUGAUCAUUGACAUAUGGACUUUGAGAAAGUGUUGACAUUACAUUCAGCAAUUGUGUAUUUUUACUCGCGGUUCUCAGGCAGAUGACAUGAAAUAUUAGGAUGGUGCUGCAUGCGCUUGCAUUUUGAAAUUCUGAAGGUGAGUGUUUAUAAAAAUAAAAUAAAAUGUAUGCAUAGA